AUGCCCGAGUAUAAGGUUACUUUGAAAACCCCGGGUGGUGAUCAGACCUUCCAGUGCAGCGAUGAUACAUUCAUCCAGGAUGCAGCCGAGGAAAACGGCAUCGAAAUACCUUAUUCAUGUCGUGCCGGCGCAUGCUCUACCUGCACGGCACUUCUCCUCUCUGGGACGGUUGACCAGGUCGAUCAGAGUUUCCUGAGACGAUGA